GGAUAUGCUGGGGGUGAUGGCCAGCUACAGUAUAACAGUGAAGGAGCUGAAACUUCUCUUCAGUAUGCUGAGGGGAGACAACGGUAUCUGGCCUAGACAUUCUAUCAAGCUGUUGUCUGUGUUGAACCUGAUGCCUCAGAGACACGGCCCAGACACCUUCUUCAACUUCCCUGGUCGCAGUGCAGUGGCCAUAGCGUUGCCUCCCAUCGCUAAGUGGCCUUACCAGAACGGCUUCACUCUCAACACCUGGUUCAGACAAGAUCCCCUCAACAACAUCAAUGUAGACAAGGACAAACCAUACCUCUACUGUUUUCGAACCAGUAAAGGUAUUGGCUACUCAGCUCACUUUGUGGGUAACUGUCUGAUCGUGACAUCCCUGAAGUCCAAGGGGAAAGGCUUCCAACACUGUGUGAAGUACGACUUUCAACCCCGCAAGUGGUACAUGAUCAGCAUCGUCCACAUCUACAACCGCUGGAGGAACAGUGAGAUCCGUUGCUAUGUCAACGGUCAGCUGGUCUCUUACGGUGACAUGGCCUGGCACGUCAACACCAACGACAGUUAUGAUAAGUGUUUUCUAGGUUCGUCGGAGACGGCAGAUGCUAACAGGGUGUUCUGUGGUCAGCUGGGGGCCAUCUACGUGUUCAGUGAGGCUCUCAACCCCGCUCAGAUCUUCGCCAUACAUCAACUGGGUCCGGGCUACAAGAGCACCUUUAAGUUUAAGUCGGAGAGUGAUAUCCACUUGGCAGAGCACCAUAAGCAGGUCCUGUAUGACGGGAAGCUGGCCAGCUCCAUCUCUUUCACCUACAACGCCAAGGCCACCGACGCACAGCUCUGUCUGGAGUCAUCGCCCAGAGAGAACGCAUCCAACUUCGUUCACUCCCCACACGCACUCAUGCUGCAGGAUGUGAAGGCCAUAGUUACCCACUCCAUCCACAGUGCCAUCCAUUCUAUAGGAGGAAUACAGGUCCUCUUCCCUCUCUUCUCACAACUGGACUACACACAACUCAACGACAGCUCUGUGGACACCAGCGUGUGUGCCACCCUCCUGGCGUUCCUGGUUGAUCUGUUGAAGAGCUCCGUGGCCAUGCAGGAACAGAUGCUGGGGGGCAAAGGAUUCCUGGUGAUCGGGUACCUGCUGGAGAAGUCGUCCAGGGUCCACAUCACCAGAGCGGUGCUGGAACAGUUCUUGUCCUUUGCUAAGUACCUGGACGGGUUAACCCACGGAGCGCCGCUACUCAAACAGCUGUGUGACCACGUCCUCUUCAACGCUGCCAUCUGGAUACACACACCCGCUAAGGUCCAGUUGUCCCUGUACACCUACCUGUCUGCGGAGUUCAUUGGGACGUCGACCAUCUACAGCACCAUCCGUCGUGUUGGUACCGUGCUGCAGCUGAUGCACACGCUGAAGUACUACUACUGGGUCAGCAACCCACUGGAGAGCAGUGGCAUCACUCCUAAAGGACUGGAUGGACCGAGGCCGUCCCAGAACGAGAUCGUCUCUCUCAGAGCCUUCAUUCUGCUGUUCCUCAAACAACUCAUACUCAAGGAUCGGGGUGUGAAGGAAGAUGAGCUACAGAGCAUCCUGAACUACUUGCUGACCAUGCAUGAGGAUGACAAUAUCCAUGAUGUUCUUCAGUUGUUGGUGGCUCUGAUGUCAGAACACCCAGCCUCCAUGAUUCCAGCCUUCGACCAGAGGAACGGCAUACGGGUGAUCUGUAAACUCCUAGCCUCUAAGACUGAGAGCAUCAGAGUCCAGGCUCUCAAAGUCCUGGGAUACUUCCUCAAACACCUCGGACACAAGUGA